AGAUGUGGUUCUUAGAGAUGUUAACAAGUUGAGAUAACAACGACAAUUCAUUGUUUGUAUCUAUUCGCAAUUAUAAGCGAUUUCAAUAGUUUGUUGUGUUAUUAUUUUAUUAAAACGAACUCUAUUCAAUAUGACAAAAAUCACAAUUUUAUUGAUCGCCUGUGUCGUUGCUUUGGUGUUAGCAGAAAAUGAAAUAAGUGACAUACAAGAUUUAGAUUUAGCAAAGCUCCUACAGAAUGAGCGUGAGAGAAAAGAUGUAUUUGCUUGUCUUAUGGAGCAGGCGCCUUGUGGAAAAUACCAAAAGUUCAAAGACUCAAUAACUCAGAAGAUAAAAACAAAGUGCAAGGAUUGUACUCCAGCAGAAAACGAAAGAUAUAAUAUGUUUUCGCAGCUGCUCUCCAUCACAUAUCCCGACAAAUUGAACGCUUUGCGAGCUAAAUAUCGAAAGUCACGGACCACUUACAAUGUUACCGCUAAGUUCAAUAUCGUCAGUGUCAUCAUGAGAACCUGGCUGCUAGUCGUGUGCGUGCUGACGGUGGUGGCCUCCUGCUACUCACAACAACAACAACUUUACAACCGCUAUGAUAAUUUCAAUGCUGACUCCAUCAUUCAAAACGAGAGGAUUCUCCUCGCCUAUUACAAGUGUGUCAUGGAAAAGGGACCGUGCACUAAGGACGGCAAGAAUUUUAAGCGUGUCUUGCCCGAAACUCUGCAAACAGCUUGUGGAAGGUGUUCUCCAAAACAAAAGUCUGUCGUGAGAAAAAUGCUUUUAGGCAUAAGAUCGAAAAGUGAAGUCAGAUUCACUGAACUUCUGGACAAAUACGACCCCACCGCACUCAACAGAGAUGCACUUUAUAAUUUCUUAGUGACUGGUAAUUAAUAAGCGAAGAACCAAUUAAACCGUUUGCUCUGUUUUGAUUUAUUGUUAAUUAAUAAUAAACUAUCAAUUAUUAAAGUAUUCAUAGAUCGCAAUAAACAAUUCUUGAAACAGAGCAUAAAUAGGCAUUCUGCCUCGCAUAGAACCUGUAAUAGUAGGUAAUAGUAUUAAGUUAUAAAUAAAUACUUGAUAGCUAAA